GGGACCGUCACCUCCCCGCUUGCCGCCGCCGCCUCCCCCACCCUCCUCUCCUCUGCCCGCGGCCACCUCAUCCUCCUCGUCCGCCCCAGAGGCCUCCUCGUGCUCGUCGACGCCCUCACCUGCGCCGAGCGCCUCUCCUUCCCGCUCCCGUCACCCCACGCCCCGCACCACUACGCCACCCUCACCCCCAACCACCUCGUCCUCUUCGUCUCCAAGCACGCGUUCGCCUCCCUUCCCUUCCCGCCUGCGAACCCUGGCGCCGCGGCGGAGUGGACGCACCACCGCCUCCCCCGCGCGGCCUCCUUCGUCGCGUCCGUCGUCGACUUCCGCGGCCGCGUCCUCGGCGUCACCGACCGCGCGCAGCUGCUGGAGUUCCGCUGCCUCGACGCUCCCGCGCCCCCGGCGGACCAGGAGCCGGCGGUCCAGAUGCUGACCGCCACCGGCCUCCCCGAGGCGUCCACGUUCGAGAGCUGGCACUUCGGGCCCCGCCUGGUGGUCGCCGGGGAGCGGCUGCUCCUGCUGCUGCUCAUGACGGUCCCGGCUCAGCGCGGCGCGAUGGGCCAGAGGGCCAUGGUGCACAAGGUGAGCGUGCACGCUCUCCAUGAGAUGCCGGAUGGGACGAGGAGGUGGGAGGAGGUGGACAACCUCGGCGGGUACAGCGUGUUCGUGGACUGCGCCGGGAGGAGCGCCAUCGCGUGCGCCGACGCGGCAGGCCGCGGUGACGUCGCCGGCAACUGCAUCUACUUGGCCGAAUUGACGUCCUACGGCGGAGAAUCGCAGCGCUACUGGAGGUCGCUCAAGCCGUGGUGGAACUUGGAAGUGGGAGCAUUCCACCGCCGGCGCCGCCAAAAAUAAGGAAGUCACCAUCUCCCGCGCGUGGCCGUCGCAGACAUGGGUCUACCCGAGACGCUUCUUCCAAAGCUAGGAAGGCCGUACUCCGCAUGCAGCACCACUUUACUUUGGAUCGAAUUUCAGUUCCUUUUUUAGAGAAAAAAUAUACUAAGUUCUUUUUGACAAAAAAAAUCCCCAAGUUUUAGCACGAUUAGAUAUGUUUAGUUGUUCAGCACCAGAUGUAUGCAAGCAUUAAAGCAUAGCAAUACUGUCUUGAGUUACAGAACUUGCAUCACCACCAGUACUGCAGUUUAUUUCUGAAUGAAUAAAUAUUAUCAUCAUGCUUGUUUCACUUCAAGGUUUCGAGUUGUAUUGGCGCAUCUCUCGUAUGAACAGCAGCUAUGCUUAUCAGGGUGCAAAAAGUUGCCCUCUAAUUGUACUAUUUUUUUAUUUCAUUAGACGCUUUAUUCUGAAACACAAUUUUUUUUAGAUACAAUUUUUUUUUCUGAAAUACAAACGAAGGUGUAUAACAGAAGAAGGUUGAGGCCCGUCUAGCCCAUAUUAUCCAGAAGAGGCCAGGGUUACAGCCCAUGUCUCCACAGCCCGACCUGAGCGCGUCGCCUCCCCUGUCGCUGUCAGCCUGUCCCCUCCCCUCCCCUUUCCCCUCUGGUUCCGGCGGCCAUGGCGGUGGCGGCUCCCGGCCAGCUCAACCUCGACGAAGCCCCGUCAUGGGGUUCCCGCAGCGUCGACUGCUUUGAGAAGCUCGAGCAGAUCGGCGAGGGCACCUAUGGGCAAGUGUACAUGGCCAAGGAGACGGGCACCAACGAGAUCGUGGCGCUUAAGAAGAUCCGAAUGGACAACGAGCGGGAAGGCUUCCCAAUUACUGCUAUACGCGAGAUCAAGAUCCUGAAGAAGCUUCACCACCAAAACGUCAUCAAGCUCAAGGAGAUUGUCACCUCCCCAGGCCCAGAGCGAGAUGAGCAAGGGAAGCAGAUCGAUGGUAACAAGUACAAGGGGAGCAUUUACAUGGUCUUCGAGUAUAUGGAUCAUGACCUCACUGGUCUUGCUGAUAGGCCAGGAAUGCGGUUUACUGUGCCACAGAUUAAGUGUUACAUGAGGCAGCUGCUUACGGGCCUGCACUAUUGCCAUGUCAAUCAAGUGCUGCAUCGAGAUAUUAAAGGAUCUAACCUUUUGAUUGACAAUGAGGGCAACUUGAAGCUGGCUGAUUUUGGCCUUGCAAGAUCAUUCUCGAGUGAUCAUAAUGGACACCUUACUAACCGUGUGAUCACUUUGUGGUAUAGACCUCCAGAAUUGCUGCUUGGAAGCACGAAGUACGGUCCAGCCGUUGACAUGUGGUCAGUGGGUUGUAUAUUUGCCGAGCUUCUCAAUGGGAAGCCAAUAUUGCCCGGGAAGAAUGAGCCUGAGCAGCUGACGAAGAUCUUCGAACUUUGUGGUACCCCUGAUGACAUAAUCUGGCCUGGUGUCACAAAAAUGCCAUGGUACAACAACUUCAAGCCUCCUCGACCAUUGAAGAGACGAGUUAAAGAGUUCUUUAAACAUUUUGAUCGACACGCACUGGAUCUGUUAGAGAAGAUGUUGACUUUAGAUCCAUCACAGAGGAUAUCAGCAAAAGAUGCACUUGAUGCGGAAUAUUUCUGGACUGAUCCAUUACCAUGUGAUCCAAAAAGCUUGCCCAAGUACGAGGCAUCACAUGAGUUCCAGACUAAGAAAAAGCGACAGCAACAGAGGCAAGCAGAAGAAGCUGCAAAGCGUCAAAAACUUAAUCAUCCUCCACCACAUUCUCGUUUGCCUCCAAUCCAACAGCCUGGCCAAGCACACCCUCAAAUCAGACCUGGCCAGGGUAUGCACAAUGUACCUCCUGUGGCAGCUGGCCCAAGCCAUCACUAUGCAAAGCCCCGAGGACCAGGAGGCCCUAACCGGUACCCUCAGGGUGGGAAUCAAGGUGGAGGCUAUAAUCCGAACCGCGGAGGGCAGGGCGGGGGCUAUGGGAGUGGCCCUUAUCCUCAGCAAGGACGAGGACCUCCGCCAUACCCUGGAGCAGCUGGCCCGCGGGGUGCUGGUGGCAGUGGCUAUGGAGCUGGCGGACCAGGCUACCCACAAGGUGGCCCAUAUGGUGCAUCCGGUCCAGGCCGAGGAAACUAUUCUCAAGGUGGCUCCCGCAAUCAGCAGCAGUAUGGGAACUGGCAAUAAGAUGGCAGUACCAUGCCACUGAAUUGUCCCUCCAUUUGUACCAUGUUCUAAAAUGUUCUUCCAGUUGUAACAUGUAAUGUAUUUGCAAGACCUCUGCUGUUGAAGCAUUUUUGCGAGAUGCAUCUUAUAAAUUAUAAUUGAUAGUGUAAUUGGAUGCAGACAUCCCGUAUGUACGCUGUUGGACUCAAGCUGGUGUACUAUGCCACUGGAAUGAUGCUGCAAAGACAGCACAGUUUUCUAUUAACACCAUUUCCAUUUACUA